UCAUCAUUCAUAGCUCACCCCAAGAUUUCUCUUGACGCUUGUCAUUGCUGGAGUCUUGAUUCCAGCUACAUGUUCUUGUUGCCUGCCCUGAUGUGGAUGACCCAUAAAUAAGCAGCGUGCCCUGAGUGUUCCAGCAGAACCAAAUCCUAAGAGGAAAAAGGAUUGCGAGUUUACGGUCUUCUAAGCAUUUUGUGGCGAUACAUGGAGUCCAACAAUAUGACCACCCUGCCAAACGCCUCAAACACAGAGCAAGGCCACUGCAAGGGACACUGCAGGAUGAUUUUGAUAACACUCUACAGCAUGGUUUUGCUUGGAGGCACCACGGGGAUAGUACUGAUGUCACGUAUGAUGUGCAAAAGGAAAAGCCAAUCCAUGAUUGCCAUGAUCAUUCUCAAUAUCAUAGUGCUACACUCAGUCCUCCUGGUCAGCCUCCCGUUUCGCCUCAGCUAUUAUAUCUUAGGGGUGUGGGAGUUCGGAUCCUUUCUCUGCCGACUGGUCAGCAGCAUAAUAUACGGUCAUAUGUACUUCACCUUUGUUUUCUAUGUGGCCAUUGUCAUACUCCGAUUGCUCGUCUAUUUUAAGAAACUCCAAAUGCAAAAGUUGCAAAAAUACCACAUGGUAGUAUUAAGCAUUGUUAUUUGGACCACAGGCAGCCUUGUUUUUUGGCCAAUAUUACUUUUACAAUAUGGCAUACAUCCAAGCUACUCAGAAAAACCACGGUGCUUUGAGUUCUACAAAGAUCUCAACCGGGGGGAACUCAUUAUCUUGAACUACUCUAUGAUUGUCAUUAUGAUCUCAACAGUUGUUAUACUCUUUCUGAUAGAGAUGGGUGUCAUUGUUCAACUGAUAAAAGCUUUCUGGCCUGACAUGUGGGCACAUCAAGACUAUAGGGCUCAAAUCAAGAGCUUCUUCUUCCUCCUAGUAAUAGUGGUCUGUUUUAUACCCCAUCACGUAUUCCGGGUACAUUUCAUUCAAAAUUACUCAGAGAUAGACAAUUCUGAGUUAGUUCUUUAUAAUGAAAUUUUUGUUGCUUUGACUACUGUCUGUUGCCUGGAUAUGGUGUGUUUCAUAGGUGGGGUUAUCCAUUAAAUACUCCUUGUCCCUCACUUUGUAGUUGGUUUUUUACCAUUGUGACAAAACAGUUUCAAAUGAACAACUGCUACUAUGAUUUCAAAAUUUUUCAAAUUCUCAGCUCUUAAUUGUCACCGGAAUUAUUUUUCCAUGAAAAGGUUAUGAAGACCAAUUGUCCCCCUCUUCUUGGGUGAUCUGUUCUCCCUGAACUGUAUAUUCACUUACCAUAGCUCUACCCAAGUUGACCCCAAACAUCCUUUCCAGACUCAACUGCUACCUCUUUUUCAUGCAGUACUUACUCCUGCUGAGCACAACCACGGGCCUUUCCUACUCAACAGUCCAGCCUGUUCUCUUUGCCUUUGUUAUUGCUGAGCUUUGAUCUUAGAAUGUUCUUUCCCUCCUUCUCCAAACUAUCUCUUCUUUAAGGUCUAGAGAAUUUGAAGACAUGGACUCUAGAGCCUUAACUUAUUCAACUUAUGCUCAACCUGAUAUACGUGCCUCUUGAAAAUGACCGAUAGUCAGCGAAGAUAUGGCAGCUGGCCAUAGUAUUUGGAGGAAAGAACUAAGUUUAGUAGUCAAUAGACUUGACUAUUGGAAGGAAACAUGUCCAGGAUUGCUGGAGCGUUAAUAUGGCUUGAUUCUGACUAAGACUUUGUAGGUACUCAGGAAGUAGAGAAUGCCUCCCAGAUUGACAUUUCCAGAUAUGGAUCCAUUAAGCAGGAAAAGAAAUUGGAAAAGGUGGAAAGCAGCUGGUCUUAGUCAAAGCAUGCUAUACUAGACUACAUUAGACUCUAUUAGAUCCCAAACUUUUGAGAGUGUGGGACUGUUUUUAAGCUUAUCCAAGGCACCCUAUAUGAACAAGUAAUAUUACAUAAUGAAAAUCAACUCUGGUAUCAGUUAAAUGCAAUAGAAAUAACCAAGACAAGCAACCUGGAUUGAGAUAAAUAGAAUACAAGUUGGUUGUCUUGGUUAUUUUUGAUAAUAGAAUUUAUCAAAUUAUUUUUGAUCAAUAGAAUCGCAGUUGGUUGUCUUGGUUAUUUUUAUUGUGUUAGUUGAUACUUACCUGACAUAGAAAUUGAAAUGCCCUUAUUCUUUGCUUAUAAUAAUGCUACCUUUGAUAUUAAAUUUUAAUGAAUCAAAUAACCAAACCCUUACUGGCUAACAAGACAGCAUAGUUAAUACAAAAGAAUUUGAGAGUCAUCCACACAUGUGGAUUCAAAGGUUUUUGGUAACUAUGGAAUCAUGGAUGAGGUAUUUAUAAUCUCUGAGCCCCAGUAUCCCAUGUGACAGGGUUUGGGUAAAGGUGAAACAAGACAGAAGCAUGUGUUAAGUUGUGUUACAGCGCCAGGCAUGUGAUCCUCAGGAUAACAUUACGUAUUUUCCAAAUCCAGCGACACUUUUUAUAAAUAAUUUUAAAAUAGAUUCAAAAUGUUGAUUCAUGUAAAAAUAGACUUUAGAGGCUCAGAUGGUAUUCGUCAAUGUUAAUUUCAUGCUUUAUGUAAUUAUUAAGUCGGUAACUAAAUGGAUGCUUAUUCUUAUUUUUGCCUAUAACACUUAUGAUUAUUCUAUUAUUAUUUAUAAUACUUAAAAUACUAUAGAAGAACCAUUUUAUAAACCUGCUUAUAAAACAGGAACAAGAUAAAUAGCAGUGCACUUCAAUUACAUGUAGUCACUUUUUAAGGGGAUAUGAUAUGUCCUGAGUAACUUCAAGAUUGUGAUUGAUUGUGUAACUUAAGCUUACCACUUUGUUGGGUUCCAUGAUUUCCUUUUAAUAUUGUGGGCAGCGGAGCUAAGGAAGCCUCUGAUAAGCUCUGCCUGAUAUUCCUGCCCCUGUGCAAUCUCCCCUUUUACUACUGACUUCUUAUGAAUGAAAUAGGGCAGAGCAAAGAGGUAUCAUUUCCAGUUUUAGGUUAUAAAAGGACUAUGGCUUCCAUCUAGGGCAUCCUUUCUCUCCUUUGUGUUGUCUCUUGGAUUGCUUCACCCUGGAGGAAACCAUCUGCCAUGUCAUGGGGCAGCACAAGUGGCAAAGAGUCAAUACCUUCUAACAACCACGUGAGUGAGCUUGGGAAUGGAUCUCCUGAGACCUGCCAGUACACAUGCAGCGAGCUCAGAAGCAAAUCCCCUCCUAUUUGAGUCUUGAGGUGAUGGCAGCCCUGGCUGGCAUUUGAGUGCAACUUCACUGAGAGACCCUGAGCCUGAACCACUCAGCUAAUCUGCUCCUAGAUUCCUACCAUGAAACAAUGAGACAAUGAAUGUUGUCUUCACCUAGUAAGUUUCAGAAUAAUGUAUUACACAGUAAUAGGUAACAAAUAAGUAAGCGAGUUAUUUACACCUGUGGAAUGCUGACACAUAAGGCACUUGUGUCUGAGAUUUACAUCCACUUGUUAGUUCCUGCCUGUUCCAGGUGUUCAUGAUAACAAGAAAUAUCAUUGCCCGUUUUCUAAGUCAAUAAGAACUGUGUCUGGUAUUGUAUAAGCUUUGCUUCUACCCCUAAAGAAUAGAUGAUAUUACAUGGAAAUACACUGGAGUGGUUUUAGGGUGAAGACUGCAAAGGGGACAGCUGGGGAGUGGGUAGGAAUUUCUCUUUGUUAGUCAUACUGAGGUAUGGAUUACGGGCGCUCUGAGUGUGGUUCCUAGAUCCCCACCUGCAGGAGCAGUAUCUGGGACCUUAUUAAAAAUGCAAAUUCUUGAGCUCUACCUGUGACCUACUGAUUCAGAAAUUGUAGAUGUGGAACCCAGUGAUUAUGCGUUUUAACGAGCCCUCUAGGUGAUUCUGAUGUGAGAAUCACCUAGAUUCUCAUGAUGUAAUAUCAUCUAUUCUUUAGGGGUAGAAUCGCUGCCCUAGAUACACUUGAUAGAUUAAAAAUGGACACAAAUUCUUUGGCACGGCUCCCACUGUGAGAUGGAAUCUCUUUCCCUUCCCCUUCCCUGGGAGUGGAAUUUGCGAAUGCGCCAACCAACAGAACAGAGGAGAAAGGACCCUGCCAUUUCCCAGAAGUGGGCCUUAAGAAACUGGAAACCUUCAUUUCCCCUUCCUUGGAACACUUGCUCUUGGAGUCUGAACUGUCAUGGAAGAAGUUUGACUUCCCUGCUGGGGAGAACACGUGGAGAUGUCUGUGAUGGACGGCUGGAGAUGAAGGGGAGAUGAGCUCAGAGAAGCCCAGUCUUUCAGCCAAAGCACCAGGCAUGGGAACGAAACUGCUUGGGCUCGCCAGACCACCCCGCUGCCGUGGAGCUGCCACCAUGUGAUCCCAGUCCCCUUCAGCCGGUGUGGAGAAAUUGCCCACUCAGUCCUGCCUGAAUUCCUGAUCCACACAACUGAGAGAUAUAAUGAAAUGAUUGUGUUAACCAUAUUAAAAAAUGAAAAAGAAACAAAUGAAGUUGAAUUGAAUAAUAUGAUUUAUGUGACCCAUUCUAUCCCAAAUAUUAUCAUUUAAAGAAACAAUCAAUAUAAAAAUUAUUAAUGAGAUUUUUUUUACAUUCUUUUAUUCCUAUUAAGCUCUUCAGAAUCUGGUGUGUAUUUGAGGCUUGCUCUGAGUAGCUGCAUUUCAGUGGUCACACAUGGCUCAUGGUCAAUAUAUUGGACAGCACAGAUCGGCAUCACCCAGAGAUCAUUUGGAGAUGUUAUCUGAGGAUCCUU